UAUUAGCAGGCAACCAUGAAGACCACCACCACCACCACCAUCUUCCUAGUGCAUUUCUUCACUUCUUUCUUCCUCUCUUUGCCAUCUUCAAUCACUGCUUCAUCUCCAACUCUGACAGCUCUUUUCGCUUUCGGCGACUCUACGGUCGAUCCAGGCAACAACAACCAACUCAUAACUCUUUUCCGCAGUGAUCACCCACCAUACGGCAAAGAUUUUCCUAACCAAGUACCCACAGGGAGGUUCUCCGAUGGAAAGUUAUCAACAGACUUCAUAGCUUCCUCAUUAGGGCUCAAAGAACUCUUACCAGCAUAUCUAGACCCAAAACUUACGGCUAAUGAUUUAUUAACCGGCGUUAGUUUCGCGUCUGCCGGUACCGGAUUAGAUGACUUGACGGCAGAUUUGGCUAGUGCAAUAAAGAUUUCAAGGCAGUUAGAUUACUUUGAUGAAGCAGUAAUAAGGAUGAAGGGAUUAGUUGGUGAAGAGAAGGCUAAGUUUAUAGUGGAAAAUGCUAUAUUUGCCAUUAGUGUUGGCACUAAUGAUCUUGUGGAUAAUUUCUAUGAAUUGCCUACAAGAAAACUUCAGUUUUCCAUAUCUGGUUAUCAAGAUUUUCUGCUUCAUGAACUUGAAUCCGCCAUUCAGAGACUACACAACGCGGGAGGGCGUAGGUUUGUAGUGGUAGGUCUGCCACCAAUUGGGUGCCUACCAGUGCAAGUUACACUUGGCAGCUUGAUGCCAGGCCAACAAAUGCUUCAACGUGUGUGUGUGGAGCAGCAGAACACUGACUCUAUUGCCUACAACAAGAAGCUUCGAACUCUAACCUCAUGGUUGGAAGGUUCUUGGCCCAAUGGUGCCAAAGCCGCUUAUUUGGACAUAUAUGAUCCAAUGAAAGACAUGGUUAACAACCCAGCUAAAUAUGGAUUUGAACAAACACUUGAAGGAUGUUGUGGGGUGGGGAUAGUGGAAAUGGGACCUCUAUGCAAUGAGAUGGAAGCAACAUGCCCUGAUCCAUCAAAAUAUAUGUUCUGGGAUGCUGUACAUCCAUCACAAGCAACAUAUUGGAUCCUUGCUCAAAUGGCUAUGCAAACAGUGAUCCCACACCUCCUCCUUCCUUAG